AUGGCUGAGAAACUCGUACCAAGCAUUUCCCUUGCAGACUUCGACAACCGAAAGGAGGACAUAACCAGGCAACUGAUCGAGGCAGCAGAGACUGCGGGAUUUUUCACGCUUAUCGACCAUGGUAUCUCAACAGACGAGAUAGAACGCGAGUUCGACGUAUCGAGGAGGUUCUUCGCUCUUCCAGCAGACGUCAAGGGGAAGACUCCUCACGAACGGUCCACGAACAACGGCUGGGAGUACAAAGCCCAAUUGCGACCAAGCACUGGCACAUAUGACGAGAAAGAGUCUCUAUGGCUCUCUGCCACCUCACAGUGGCCCAGUGACGAAGAUGUUCCCUACUUCAGAGAGACUACGCAAGCAUUCAUCGACAAGUGCAGAAUGAUCUCGGAUCGCGUCCUCUCGUGCUUCGCCACCGCGCUCGGCUUUCCAGAAGAUCACUUCAGGAUCGCAAACGAUCCAACCAAGCCCGAUUGCCUGACGCAGCUCCGUCUCAUACACUAUCCCGCCUCUGAGGAUGCAGUCGGAACAUGGAGGGCCGGCAGCCAUACUGACAUUGGAUGCCUAACGCUGUUGUUCCAGCGCGAAGGUGAGGACGGCCUCGAAAUUUGCCCGGGCCGAGAAUCGCACUCCAGCUUCGCUAUGGGCGACGACUUCACUCCGCUUCCUGCCCACACCGGACCCAUCGUUGUGAACAUCGGGGACAUGCUCAUGGCUUGGUCGGACGACCGACUUAAGUCGAAUUUCCAUCGCGUGAGGGCUAAGGAAGUCGGUAAAAGUCCUUCUCGAUACUCGAUUGCCUAUUUCAACCAGUGUCGUCGGGACUUCGUCCUGCAAGGACCCCUGAAGAAGUAUCCUCCGGUCACAGUCGGGGAGUACUUCAAAGAAGCGGUGGAGAAGAACUUUGCGCGACAACAGCAAGUAGUUGCGGUCUCUUGA